UUUCCAAAGAAAGACGGUGUAACUUCAGAGUUUUGAGCGGACAGUGAACGCAGCAGAAGCUCCGCCCCCUCGGCAGGUGCACUCCACACCUUGUCCGGCUGGUUUCAUCAGGUGGAGACAAAUAGUUGCAGAAAGGUAAGUUUGACUGAAAACAACGAUUGGUUAUAACUUUUAAAGCUUCAUUGUCUUUAGAUCUGAGCUGAUGUCGCGUUCAGGAGCGAGGAGCCACCUGUCUGACGUGUGUGUGUGUGUGUGUGUGUGACGUAUCUGACGUGUGUGUGUUUUGUCAGGAUGGCUCGCCUGGCGCUUUUCCUCUUCCUGGUUUGGACAGGAUCCCAGCUGACCGGAGCUUUAGUCUUUGAGAUCCACAUCCGGGUGGUUGAAGGCCGGGCCGUCACCCUGCCGUGCCGCGCCCCCAACAUGGAGGACCCCAUCAAAUACCUGGAGUGGAGCCGGACCGACCAGAAGAUGUCCUACAUCAUUCUGUACCGGGAACAGCGCUUCUUCCCGGACUUCCAGGACCGGGCCUUCCGGGAGCGAGCCGACCUGCUGGACCGGGAGAUGAAGGAGGGCCAGGUGUCUCUGGUUCUGAGGAACGCCUCGGCGGCCGACAGCGGCGUGUACGAGUGCCGGGUGGUGCAGGCGGUGGGGAGCCGCCAGAGGAGAUCGGUUCUGAUCGCUGAGCCCAACAUGGUCAUCAAGCUGAGAGUUGGUCCAGAAAAUCAACUCCAGGACGACGACGGCGGCGCCGCCUGGCUCAACAGGAACCAGGAAGAAGAUGAUGAUGAUGAAGAUGCGUACGUCCAGCAGUACCUGGCCUUCCUGCUGCCGGUCGUCGCCGUGACGGUUCCUCUGCUGGCGCUGACCACAUGCAAGUUAUUCAGGUCUUUUCUGUUGACGAGCUACAGAUCCGCCUCCAAGUGACCCGAGGAGGAAGUGCUUCUGACAACUUCCUGUUGGCUGUGGAGGGGAACGCUCUGCGACGCACAAACUCUAAAUAUGACCAAAUAUUCUUAGUCCAGUUCCACCUGGAGCUAAACGAGCAACUUUAUACGAAGAGCAUCAAACUGAUAUUUAAAUUCCAGGUUCUGGAUGUUGAGAUGCUGUUUUGGGAUAAUUUCACUUUAUCUGUUUGUUAAAGACGUUAAAUGAUCCUGAGGAGGUUUGAGCAUCACUGAGACAGAAUCUUGUUUUAAGUCAAUAGUUUCUUAGUGUUGGUUUUAAAAAUCUACUGAUUCCGCUGGCAGAUUAUUUCACUUAA